CCGCCGCCAUGGACCCGUUCUUGGUCCUGCUGCACUCGGUGUCGGCCGGCCUGUCGAGCAACGAAGUCACGGAGCUCAAGUUCCUGUGCCAGGGCCGCGUUGGCAAGAGGAAGAUGGAGCGCGUGCAGAGCGGCCUCGACCUCUUCUCCGUGCUGCUCGAGCAGAACGAGCUGGGGCCCGAGUGCACCGUUCUGCUGCGCGACCUGCUCGCCUCCCUGCGGCGCCAGGACCUGCUGCGGCGGCUGGACGACUUCGAGGCGGGCGCGGCGCACGGGGCCGCGCCGCAGGAGCGAGAUCUGCGUGCGGCUUUUGACAUCAUAUGUGAUAACGUGGGGAAGGACUGGAGAAGACUGGCUCGCCAGCUGAAAGUGUCCGAUGCCAAGAUCGAUGCCAUCGAGGAGAAAUACCCCCGCAACCUGACGGAGCAGGUGAGGGAGUCUCUGAGAGUCUGGAAGAACGCUGGGAAAGAGGACGCUGCCGUGUCCCACCUGGUGGCGGCACUCAGGGCCUGCCGGCUGAAUCUGGUGGCAGACCUCAUCGAGGAGGACCAGCAGGCCCGGGACCUCCAGAACCAGGACCUGGCGCCAUGUCCCUGAUGUGGGGCUCAGGCGCACCUGCCUUGGGAUAACGAGCUGCUCCUCGGGGGGGCCAAGGAUUCUGAGGGGCCCAGCGCUCACUGACCACUUACUCCGUGCCAGGCAGGGCUUUGGACGCUCUUCACAUCCUUCACUGACUCCUCGUGAUCCCAUGAGGGAGACUCCUGAAGGGUUUGGAAUCAUGCCCAGCACUUGAAGGGCUGUAAAAAUCACCGGUUGUUACCUUUAUUGUUGGCAGGUGAGGGAAUGAGCACAGAGGCACAGAGCUGGAGGAAGGUCAGCAGCUGGGGAGCUGGGGUGGGACCAGCAGUCCGGCUGCAGGAUCCACAGCGGCUCUGCUGCCCCCACACUUGGCUGGUGGCUUUGAGGCCAUGCGUGUAGACACGGCCUCGAGCAGGGGGCGUGGGAACUAGAAGGGCGGAGACCCAGGCGUCUGGAGACUCGGUGUGCGCAGGCGCCAACCCCACUGGCACACCAGCUGUGCUGUACGCGUUAGUUCUUGAAAGUGUUGGGAUUCCUGUGAUUUCACAGAUUGUUACUAUUUUGUAUCAAAAUCACUCUUCCUGAUAACAGAUCUGUUGAGGAAGCUGGAUCCUGUAAUUAUAAGAAAUAAUCUCUGCCUCUAAGGUAGCCUCGUAAAAGCAAGUGCUUUUGUGGUGAAAACCUCCCUUUUACAAAGGAUUUUCCAUUCCUGCCAAGAGUCACAUCACUUCACAUGCUCUGCAGUCUGCGUCUCGGCCUAGUUCCGUAUUUCAGUAUGGUGAGCCUUGCGGCGUAUUGUGGGCUCUGCCUGUGAGUGGGGGGGCUGGAUUUCACCAGUCCAUGACCGACUGUCGAGGGCACUGUCUGCCCUCGGCACACUGGCCCACAGAGGGCAGCUGUUGCCAGCUUUGGGCCCUGCCUGCCUCCAAGAGGCAGCAGAGAGCCAAGUGGCCAUCCCUUAUUGGGCCCUUCAGUUGUGACCUUGGGAAAGCCAAAUAUGAUGUCAUGCUCUGCUGCUUUGACCUUGGCUUGCUGAGAUCCUAACAGCACUGUCCCCCUGAGCUGUGGACCUGGUCUCAGAGCCCCUCGUCACCUUCAGCAAAUACUUCCUGAUACCAGGCACUGCUAGGAGCUGGGGUCAUAGCAGUAAACCAGCCAGAAGUGGCCUUGCUCUCUGACCUGGAAAGCCUAGCCAGCAACAUAGGUAUUGACAAUCCAUUGCAGGCCCAAGGCACUGCCACGGAGCUGAACCAGCACUGGCCACAUGUGGGGCCUGGCCCUGUGUCGCGUGCUCUACACCAUGCUUGCCAGCGGCUCCUGCCUCUUCUGGCCUCAGGUCGGGGCAGCAGACGGGCUGUCACCACCAGUCAGCAUGGGGCUUUGCUAUCAGUGGCUUUAGGAAAUAGGCUUUCUGGAAAUUGUGCCCAUAUUCCUGGAGAGGCAGAUUGCAAAGGUUCUGCCAUUGCCUUCUGCUUUGCGACAUGAGCUGCCAAAAUGUGAAAAUGCCAAACGCUCUGAUACCUGCUCUGUGCCCCUGAGUGCUGGUCACACCUGGAGGGCUCCCCAACCCUCAAUCACACCAGGUAUUGUGACAGAGGUUUCAGUAAUGUGGUUUCUGUGUCACUGCAUCCGGAAUUUCCAUGGCCUGAGACCACAUGUUGCACCAGCUGGGUGCCCGUCUCUGGUCCGGCUUACCGCUGUGGCUGGCACUCAGUUCCGCACAUGGUGGGGCUCGGUCUGCCCCGAGCCCUGACAUCCCAGGACAUCCGCCUGGUGAGGGAGAUGGGGCCCAGCUUUGGAGCAGCCUCGUGACUGUGGUGUAACCUGGUCUCGAGGCAUGGAUCUGAUGAGCUCCAAGACCCGGAAAGGUGUUGAAUGAAAAGCCCCUCUGGGCACGCUGCUGGGCCAGGUGCGUUGUCCACUUCCCAGGGCCUGGAGGUGGGCCAGCCUUGGCAGCUGUGUGCCACAGGCAAAGCUGUGGAGCGCAGUGAUGUGCGGUGAACUGCCACCAGCAGGUGGGGCUCAGCCCUAGAGGAGCCUCCCUCUGUUCAGCCCGCACAGCCAUCAGUGGUCGGAGACACCCACCAUAACUGGUGCUGUGCUAGGUGUCAAAUGACAGGACAAGCGGCCGCCCUCGGGAAGUGCAGAAUUUCCUGGCCUCGUCAGACAGAAGGGAAGUGGGAGGAGUGUGUGCCCAAGUGCAUAGAAAAGCACAAAUUCCUUAUGGGCAGCAAAACUGGAAAGAGCCCCAGAAGCUUGAGACGGUCUGGGUGAUACACUUAUUUGUACUUCAUGCAUUUUCUAUAGUGGGGGGUGCCCUCCAGGUACUGGGCCAGGGAGUGGGGGUGUCCCCAGAGGGCAGUGAGCACUGGGGCUCUGGAGUCUGACCUGGGCUCUGCUCCCUGUGGCUCAAUCAGCCUGAAAAGGGGCCCAUAGACAGAUGUGAAGUUCUCGCCUACGUCUGCGGACCUUCUCAGAUGCCUUAAAAUAAGCAGAGACGUUUCACCCAGACGUCUGUGAAAGGCGGUUCUGGUUUUAUGGGCUCACUGCACUCAAGCGCAGCACUUGUCUUCUGGUCCUGGGAUGUCCCUUCCCGAGAACCGUCACAUCUGCACCGUCCUGCCGCAGGCACCCCCAGCCCUCACUCCCGUUACUCUGAAUUGCUGCUUUCAUGGUGAAAAGUGUUCUGAAUCUUCCUGUGACCUGGGACAGGAGGAGGAUUCACCUCUGAUUAGAACAACGACCCUUGGGACAGGGUCCCUCACACCCCACCCUAAACGGGGGGCUACUGCAGUCUUUGGACAAGGACUUUUCAUGGCAACUUAACAAAAAACAAUCCGUGUUCCUCUUCAUUUUUUUUUUAUAAUCACGGAAAUUUCCAUUUCUGGUAAAGGUGCACACAAGAUUCAUGAUUUCCUUGGGAACUGGAGCCACCUUUUGCUCUCCUUUCCCCUGAGAAAGGGAAAGAGGGUCCAACUUUGUGUUCUUUUGAGAUUUCAGGCCGAUGAAGGAAUUUGAUGCCAGUUUCCCUGCCUCACGCUCUCUCCCAGCCCUGCUGUCUGGUCUCAGGCACAUUUGGGGCUCUGUCAGUCCCCCCACCUCCAGGGCCCUCGUCCAUCCUGUUCUCUGCAGGAACCCGAGGACCGCUCCCCCGGGACUGCCUCUGCUGAAGCCUCAGGCUGCCGGCUUCUAGGGCGUUUGACGUUUCCCGACCAUUCCCUGAAGUUUUCUCCUGGUGCUCCCCCCGGCCUCCAACUGGACUCCUGCACACCAUGUCCUUGCACAGCCCGUAGCCGUCUCCCCCCAAGUCCCUGGUGCGCACAGGCCCAGGGCAUCCUCUGUCUCAGGCCCCUGGUGCCUACCCUGUGCUUGACCCCACUGUCAGCUGCCUCAGCACCUCUUGCUUUUGCAAGGGAACAUUCACAGGUCACAGGGAUCGGGCGAGGACACCGAGGUGGGUGGCGUUACUCCGCCCACUACAGGCAAACCCCCGUCUCCCCAGGCCUCUCGCCCGGGGAUCCCGCCCCACAUGUAACCGAGUGGCAGCCUCGACUCUGCCUCGCCAGCCUCUCCUCUCCACCCUCUGCCCCCGUCACGGCCUCACCUCUGCUCAGACACCACCGCCUUGGCUCUUCCCUCCAACCGAAUCGUACUGCAGACCCGGCCUGUGCUCUUAGAAACCGCAAGCUCUCCGCACACGUCUUUAGUUCUGUAUUUUUAUUUCCAUGAUAAGUGUUCUGAGCCAUCCUGCUGGGUGCUUUCUGACCGUCCGCAUGAUUCCCGCGUGCCUUGCGUUUGGAACCAGAGGCACACGUGACGGGUAGUGCAUGCCCGUGUGACAGUGGCCAGUCACAUCUGACACAAAGGCAAACCUCUUCUACAGGGCACGUUUGCAACUGAAUACAUUUUCAUCAAAGAAGUCCUCCGUUUCUUAAGUCAUCGGCUCAGUCAAGACACUGGCAGGGUCCCACAUGUGUGCCCCCGGCGCUGGUCUGUCCUCAGAGGACAGAAGCCAAAUCAGUGCUUGAAUGGGGGCCACACUGAGCAAGAGCCACAUGACGUAAGUGAAGCUUUCGCGGUGUGGCUUGAGUAGAGGAACAUCGUGGGCCAUUUGAGUCACCCCAACGCCAGGCCGGGUACAAGGCCUCCUGAUCUCAGCCCUGAUGGCAGGUCUGCAGACACGAGGCAACAAUUCUGUUUAAUAGAACAGGUUUCAUGGGACAGCUACGGGAGGAGAGGACAAAUCUGUGGGGACGGAUGGUGAGGACUUUUGCACACCAUUGUCAUGUGCUCAGUGGCACUUGAAAAGAUGGCUAAAAAGGUUAGUUUUAUAUGUUAAGCACAAUUAAAAAAUCAUACCUCAAGAA